AUGAGAGUAGAUAGCAGCCUUUUUUCCUUGGCCAUUUUGGCAAAACCUGCUUCUGGUUUUUCUACAGUCGCAAAUACAAGAGAAGUUGUUUUCCCACUUCUCAAGACGAGGAGCAAAGAUCGUCAACUGCGAAAUUUGAAGUAUGCAUUUCAAGAGUUGGUAGAGACGACGGAAUUCUUUGUUCAGAAUUCACCAGCCCAAUACCACGAUAGCAGCUGCUUUGUGCCUGCUAUGGGAGCCAAAACUGAGCUCCAGUUUCAACAAAGCAGUCCAACCGAGUUUGUGUUGAAAGUCAACACAAGUGAAAACAGUGACUUUGGUUGGAUUUGUGUCAAGAUGUUCGAGCAAAAACAACUUUUUGAGGACUUUGUCGAUACCACAUGCUUGACUGACGCCGUGUCAGAUCAUUGCUACUCACUACUCCCGUACCCAGGAUUUCCAGCAAGUUCUGCCAAGCUAUCAAACACUGCCCAGUUGGACGGUUUGUUUCGAGGACAACCCUUUUGUAUGGAUGAACUCCGAGAUAAUGGUUUUGUCGUUCUAGACAAUGGUCCUAAAUCUACAACCUCUGGACAUAGGCUACUUGAUCAAUACAUGAAUGAAGAUGCGAAGAAACACUCGAGUGCACGGACGGAUUCGGUUCAUUUUUUGAAUCGAGACGAGGCCAAAGAUUGUGGAUUCCAGGAGCACUAUGAAACAUUGAUGGGAAUCGCUUCAUAUUUGAAUGACAACAUGGAUAUGGAGUCGUCACCACAUGCCCCUAUCACUCCAGCCACCAAAGAUAAUCCUCUCACGAUCCCAAACACGAUACAGCUGGCUGAAUACGCAGAAAACGAUUUCUACAAGCCUCACAGUGAUAACUCGUUGACGAGUGAGGUAGUUUCUGACGCUCAAAAUAGCGACCGCGUUAGAUCCAACUUUCGACAUUACACCUGCAUCCUUUAUUGCAACGACGAUUGGGAAGAAGAAGAUGGAGGUGCCCUCCGUCUGUAUCCCAAUACGAGAAACUUAGUACACCCGGACGAUGCAAUCUCGGACGGCUAUGAUUUCAUCGAUGUAAUCCCGAAGAAUGGCCGACUCAUCAUCUUCGAUUCUUGUAACAUCCAUUCGGUCGAAAAAGUAACGCACAAGACGAAGAAACGAAGGGCACUGACUCUUUGGAUCAAUAGACCAAAUAAUAGCGGGGUGGCCUCCUAA